AUGGCAGAUUCAACAGAAAAGCAUGUGUGCUUAGAAAUUAACAAAUCUGUGGGAUGCUUCCUGUGUCUGUCAUGGAAGAGUUGCAGAGAAGAGAAGGGUACCCAAAAGCCUACUAGAAGGACAGAAAGACAGACAGAAGAGAAGGGUACACAAAAGCCUACUAGACAGACAGAAAGACAGACAGAAGAGAAAGGUACACAAAAGCCUACUAGACAGACAGAAGGACAGACAGAAGAGAAAGGUACACAAAAGCCUACUAGACAGACAGAAGAACAGACAGAAGAGAAAGGUACACAAAAGCCUACUAGACAGACAGAAGAACAGACAGAAGAGAAAGGUACACAAAAGCCUACUAAACAGACAGAAGAACAGACAGAAAAGAAGGGUACACAAAAGCCUACUAGACAGAAAGAAGGACAGACAGAAGAGAAAGGUACACAAAAGCCUACUAGACAGACAGAAGGACAGACAGAAGAGAAAGGUACACAAAAGCCUACUACACAGACAGAAGGAUAUACAGAAGAGAAGGGUACCCAAAAGCCUACUAGACAGUCAGAAGGACAGACAGAAGAGAAAGGUACACAAAAGCCUACUAGACAGACAGAAGAACAGACAGAAGAGAAGGGUACACAAAAGCCUACUAGACAGACAGAAGGACAGACAGAAGAGAAGGGUACACAAAAGCCUACUAGACAGACAGAAGGAUAG